UUGGAAGCUGCAUAUAGAUUGUCCAGUAACACCCCCAAACGGAUCACGGCCUAUCUUCCGAGCUUCGAAAUGAAAUCCGUGAAAGACAUCGGCGACCGUCCUUAUCUUUUGUAUACUAGUAUACGAUUUGAUCCAAAGUUUGCAUGUCUUUGAUAGUGCACUUGGCUUGUGCCCAUCUGUGACAUAUGGACGGACUUGGAAGCCGUCACUACAACAAAUCGUGUUACGAGGAAGGACACUGUCUUUUUUGUUGUUUGGUUCAAUCAAAGUGUUCAGUUGCGCACGCAAAUCGUACGAUACGCGUUCACGAUUAUCGAAUGUUUUCAGUGUACAUAACGUUCCGGGUAAGAGAUAGUCAAUCCCUUUUUCUAACUGGAGAAAAAUGCAAAUGACAACCGAUGGCGUUUUUAAUAAUGACAUUUCAAUGUUUCACCAGCGAAUAUAAUUUGUUGAAAUGAUAUGAAAAGAAUGAUGAGUCGAGACAUCAAAACAGUUUGUGUCGAAAGACAAAUAGGACCAUGGAGAUACCCAAAAAAAAAUUUCCCAACUGAUAAAUCAUUGGAUAUUAACCUCAACACGUCAAGGCAAUCGAGUGUUGUGAUCGACAAAAAUGUGUUAUUUUUCAUCUUCUCCCGUUCCACGCUACCACCCAAUUAGCCAUACGCUCACGUUAGUGUAGCCGACCCACUUUUGGAGCUGCAUGAUUCCACAUCAGCUGUCUAUUCAAACAUUGUAUCAUCCUUCAAAGUGUAUAUACAUAGACUCCCUCAACUCGUCUCAGAUUUUGACCAUUGCAAAAAAAAAAAAAAAGAACUGAUACAUUGACAACAGACAUCCUGGGUUCCAUAAGAAUAAACAUUCUCGACGACGAUAACAUUUUCAAAGUUUUGUAGAUUUAUAACGUUAUUUAUCUGUGUUACGCUCUACGCUUGUCGAUGGUUUAAAUAAAUACAAUGGGCUACCUACAUUUCUUCCUUUUUUCCCCCAAAGCCUUAAAAGUGUUGUGUAUUAUGCGUACGACUGUGUAAGGCAAAAAUCGUGUAGCUACAAAUCAGUUAUAAAAUAGGAACUCGUAAGGAAACUUGACUUGACUCAGACUUGAACACCGUUGUUGAACGAAUGGCUCGUUACUCAUCCGUCGCAUUCAUCCACAUUGUCCUCUGUUAUUUAAUAUUCGUUUUGUCCUUAAGUUCCACUGGCGCUGCACUUUCGUUAAAGCAACAAUUGAAACAGUUAAAGGAAAAUUACAACCAGUUCAAAGAAAGUGUUGAAGCUAAAAAUGUCCAACUGGAAGCUAAAGUGGCUCAACUGGAGAUCCAACUCCAGGAGAACAAAGAAAUUCGAGACCGUCUGGAAUCGAGAAUAGUUCAAUUAGAGGCCAAAGUCCAACACCACGAGUCGUUUUUAUCUGAGGUUUUGCUGUACCCGAACGUAACGGACAACCAGCAGCAGCAGCAAUCGUCGUACGUAAUUACAACUAGCGUUAGCCAAUCAGUAAUUGGAAUGCCAACUUCAUGCAAGGAUCUCAAACAAAUCGGACACAAUUGGAGCGGAUUAUAUUCGGUGAUGGGAAACAAAUCGGUCGAAACUGUUUACUGUGAUUUCACUAAAAUACUCGAUGAUCCAGAUUUACAGAAAUGGAUCGGGUACGCCGAUGUUAAGGCAAUGCCCACCUAUUUUUACGUUCAAAAGAAUUCGUCCUUUUCGGCCUUUGACACCCCAAUUCCGUUCGAAGUUGAACGAGUCAACGUCGGAAAUGCUAUGGAUUCAUCCAAAGGCGUUUUUACGGCACCGCAGGCUGGAACUUAUCACUUUUCCUUCACCGGAAUGGCCAGUUUUCCCACGUCUUCGAUUUUUGUUUAUUUAGGAGUAGGGCUUCACUUGAACGGCGAUCGAGUCGGAAUGGGUUUGGCCGAAGAGUCAAACACAAUUAAAGGUCAAAAUAGUCAAUUCACUUUGCAAUCGACACUCCACUUAGAAGUGGGAGAUCGAGUUUGGGUCGAGAUUUACUACAAAUCAAGUUCUGUUUACCUGUACGACGCCAUUGGUUAUCACUAUACUCAUUUCACAGGGUGGAUGAUGUAAAUCUGAUGUUGAAAAUAAACGUUUUAUAAUCACG